UGCUCUCUCUCUCUCUCUCUCUCAGCAUCAGCAGAGAUGUUGGGGUUGCAGGCAUUUUCAAUUGCCGACGCCUCUCACGUGCCCUUUCCUCCCUCACGUGCAAUCCAUACGUCGCUCGUUCUUCCCCGCCUGUCAGUCUCUUUUCUGACCACACGGUCAUGUCUCCGAUCAGUCCCCAAUGUCCGGAAAUGCACAACUUGCCUCGCAUUCGAUUUCCAAAGUGGGAAAGGAAUGAGUGGGUUUCAUGAUGUGGAGCUCAAAGUCCGCGAUUACGAGCUUGAUCAGUAUGGUGUUGUCAACAAUGCUGUCUUUGCAAGUUACUGCCAGCACGGUCGUCAUGAACUUCUGGAAAAGGUUGGUCUGAGUGCUGAUGCAGUUGCCCGUACUGGUGAUGCAUUAGCAUUGUCAGAAUUGUCUCUCAAAUUCAUUGCCCCUCUAAAAAGUGGAGACAAGUUUGUCGUAAAGGUGAGGGUGGCCAACUCCUCAGCUGCGCGCAUGUAUUUUGAUCACUUCAUUUUCAAGCUGCCAAAUCUAGAGCCUAUUUUGGAAGCAAAGGCCACAGCAGUAUGGCUUGAUAAAAACUAUCGACCUGUCCGUAUUCCACCAGAGGUGAGAUCUAAAUUUGAUCAAUUUCUCCGCCAUGAGGAGUCUAACUGAUCAUCCUGCAAUGGAGAACGGAGAGGAUACACUGAUACAGGUAUCUUAAAUUCCAUUAGCAUCGGAAAAAUUGGAGGAAGAAUAUAUAGUUAAUGUUAAGGGCCCUAAUGUUAAAUAUACAAGUAAUUCUUAUGUAUGUGAGAGUGAUAAUCAUUGUUGUAAUUUCCAAGAAAGAUAAAAAUUCAUGAUAUCAUGAACUAGAUGAAAGAGACACCAAAGGAUUUCACAUUUUCUUGAUUUUUUAUAGUCAAUUUCUGGGACUAUUAUUAUCCAGUGCACACUUGUUGUUUGAUGGUAAUCAGGAAAUUGUGUGUUAGGCUGAAGUGCUGAACGGAAGACAAAUAACCAUCUAUUGUAUCUGAGAUGUGAUAAAUGUAAAAAUAGAUGUAUUUUGACGAAAAAUGAAGAGAGAUAGAUAGAAGUUGCAGGAAAAUAGGGAGAAGAAGGUGAUUUUGUCAUGGAUGAGAGCGAACUCUCUACACGCUCUCAUCCAUGUGGGAGAGUGGACCUUUGGAAAUUUUUGCAAUAGACUGCCUUGCCAAAUCGGAGCUCCUUGCCUUC